AUGUCCCAUCGGUGUGAUGCUCGCACUCCGAGCGAAAAAGAAAAUGAAGUAAAUAACAAAGUUCUUUUUCAGUCAGGCUUGCUGGGCCACCACACUACCGUUCCAUGGCGAUCACCAGUCGCGUCGCUAUAUGGUACACUCUGGCAACUGUCGCAAGUGCGGGGCGAAGCAGCCUUCUUGGAAGAUGAAGACUACUUCUCUUGCCCUACAGGGGAACCGGUCGAGUCGCAACCCAUGACGUGGCCACGACGUGGGAUCCUGUUUCACUGCGAGUUCUGCCCUUACACCAGUCUUUAUCAAAUCGAUGUCACCAGGCACGAAAGGACACACACAGGAGAGAAGCCUUUCCGCUGCUCUGUCUGCGAGAUGGCAUUUGCUCAAAUCGGUAACUUACAGACUCACAUGAGGACUCAUACGGGGGAGAAACCAUUUCGCUGCGAGGUUUGCCAGAAGGCGUUCACCAGACCUUAUGUCCUGAGGAUUCACAAAAGACUCCAUACGGGCGAGAAACCAUACCAGUGUGGCACCUGCGAGAGAGAAUUUGCACAGAGAUAUAACUGGUUGCGUCAUGAGAGAACCCACAGAGGGGAACAGCCUUAGAAGUGUUAAGUCUGCAGGAAAACGUUUAACUGCAUGGUUAAUUUAAGUGGGCAUAGAAACAAGAAUGCACACGUGAGGAAUCUGUGCCAGCGAAUUUCUUGAGGUCGUUCGUGUGGAAGAGUUUUCAUGUUUUAGCGUGUGCUUCACUGCCUGUAUUGUGUUUGUUCACCUGAUGUUGAGAAACAGGGAUAUUCAUCAGUUAUAAACAUUAUCAGUUGCAGUUAGGCAACAGCUGCAGUGCUGCUGAGUAGCAUUUCUUUUUCUUUGGGAGGUGGGGGUUUCAAUGGUUUUAUUGAAUAAAGUUUUGCAGCUUUUAACUUUGGAUUAUUUUUGUUUUACGACGUAUAGAGCUCCUUUUAAGUGUUCAUUUUGAUUGGAUGAGGAGCAUUGCAGCUGCAAUUGCAAUUUUU